AUGCGUAUGCAGCAUUACGCGAUUUUCCUUCGUGGAUUUAAUUAUGACGUGAAAUACAAACGGUCGGAACAGAACGGCAACGCCGACGGGUUAUCGAGAUUACCCGUGCCGAAUUGCGAUGAAAACGUGGAUGUUGUAAACGUUUUUCAUUUUGAUACCUUGGAUACGUUAUCCUUGAAUGUUUUUAAAAUAAAAGAGGCGAUCGCGAAUGAUAGUGUAAUUUCGAGAGUGAUGACGGCGUUAAUCCAGGGUCAUAGAUUAAAUGCGAAAGAUAUCUGGAAUAUUAAUCCUAGGGAAUUUUCUGUCGAAAAUGGUGUGCUAGUUCGAAACCAUCGAGUAGUUGUACCUACUAGUUUGCGUGCUAAGAUCCUGAGCGAAUUACACUCAGGACAUUUCGGAAUUGUGAAAAUGAAGUCGUUGGCUAGGAGUUAUUGUUGGUGGCCCAGCAUCGACAGAGAUAUUGAACAUCUCGCUAAUGAUUGUCCGAAUUGUUUGUUGAAUUUGAAUAACCCUGUGAAGGUUACUAAGCAUGUGUGGGAGCCAGCAGUGACCCCUUUCGAGCGAGUACAUGUGGAUUUUGCGGUUGAUGCGUUUUUUAAAUGGCCCGAAAUUCACAUAGUGAAAGACAUGCUUGCGGAGAAUACCGUUUCAAUAUGUAGGGAGAUUUUUGCAAAUUUCGGUUUAUCCGAGAAUUUAGUUUCCGGCAAUGGGAAAACUUUUGUUUCGAAUACGUUUGAAGAUUUUUUAAAGGAAAACGGAAUUCUCCACAAGUUCUCUGCGCCUUAUCAUCCAGCUACAAAUGGGCAGGCGGAGAGAUAUGUACAGAUGAUCAAAGCUGCGUUGAAAAAGAUGAAUGAUCCGAAAAACAUUCAUAAUGAUGUACAAAAGAUUUUGUUUCAAUACAGAAACAUGGUUCAUCCUCACACUGGCAAAACUCCAGCUGAGCUUUUCCUCGGAAGGAAACUAAGAUGUAAGCUUGAUUUGUUAAAACCUUCGGUAGAAGUUAGGAGUUUCAACUCCGUUAAUGAUAACUUGAAAGUUAAGAGAUUUUAUGUGGGGCAAAAUGUAAUUGCCCGUAAUUAUAUCGGUAAGCAGAAAAGGGUUUUCGGUAAGAUUAAGGCCGUAACCGGUAAAUUGAACUAUUGUAUUCAGCUGGAGGAUGGUAGUGUGUGGAGGAGGCAUGUCGAUCAAAUUAGAUCAGCGAAAAAUAUGCGAAACUCAAGUGCGUUUGAGAAGGCUGAUGAUGAUGAUUGGGAUUUUUAUAUUCCACCCGAGGAGAGGUUGAUUCUCGGGGCGAGUACUGUUGAGCCCGUUGCUCAAAAUGAAAGUUUUGUAAACGCAGAUGUGCCGGAUUUUUCGGAUGGUCCUAGCACAAGUUCUCCAAAUGAUCCUGUUGUGUAUUUACCUUUAUUUUUCGAUAAUCAGUCCGAAAAAUCUCACGCAUCACAUGAGGUCGUCGAGAUUACGAGCGACGAAUCUGAGGUGUCACCUGAAGUUGUAAAUAGGCCGAAGAGGAAUGUUAAAGCGCCUGAUUUAUAUGGUAAUCCUGUAAAAAACAUCUCAGAAUUAGGAUUAAGUGACAUUGAUUAA